GGAAAACUCGUCCCAGGGAACAUCAUGGCCCAAAACUGCUGCGUUCAACUAUGAUACCGAAAUGGCCGCUACGUUUGGUUCAAUCCAAAUUUGCGUUAAUGUGUUGCAUAACUGAGCCAUUUAUGCGAUCAAUGGCUGAAGGAAGCAGUGUGCAUUCAGAUGGAAUCAAAGAAGUCCAUCAGGUACCGAUGAAUGUCAUCAAUCGACCAAUACCUUCUGUGCUUGAAGAAGAAAAAGUGCAGUCUCUAAUGAAAACAAUCCAGGUAAGAGUGUUUUAAUUUAUAGCCUGGAAAGUUCAGAUUUUCUCUCGAUACCUUUCCUAUGCUUCUAUUAAAAGCAUUUCUUAAUCUAAAGUAGUGCUGGAGAUGUUUUGCCCCUCAAACGUACAGUACAAUAAUUGUUUGAAAUCAUCAAAGAAUAUGACAAAAAAAUUUUGUCAAGCCUAACACCAGUUUAGGUUGGUAUCUUGGGAGUCUUCAGACGGAAUAUCAACUAGUUUAUGUAACUUUAUGUAUUGAUUUGUUCAAAGAAGGCACAUUAUCACUAAAACGUUGUAGAUUUUCUUUUUGCUUCCAAAGUUUUCCCAACAAUUUAAAUUUCAAGUUAUGUCUACACUUUGAAAAAUUUCAAAUGCUGACACAAAUAGAAUCACAGAAGUUUCCUGAAGAGUCUCAGGAGACUCUCAGGAAAAACAUAUUUUGUGGGUAACUAUCUAACAGUUAUCUGUGACAGACCUGUUUUCUCCCAACCUUAAAGAGUGAUUGAGAGAUUCAAGGGAUUUGAAAUGUCCAUCAACAUCGGUUUGUGAAAGGAAAACUUCCAAGUAAAGGAACAUUUUCCGGCAGAUGUAAGAUAAGAUGUCCUAUCUGAUGGUUGUUUAUAAAAUUCAAGUUGCUGUUUUAUUCCUCCAGAGGGUUUUCUCACAGCACUAAAUGAUAAAUGUAAACGAGACCCCCAUCGUUCAAUUGAUGGAUAACACUGUCCACUGGACAAAUCUCUAUCUGGUGGAUAGUACAGUGUGUUUUGAAUGGUGUCUGACAUGUAAAAUACAGUAAUUCUGAAAUUAUAUUAAAACUGACCACAAGGUUGAUGGGAAAUUUUUGCUCUGACCCCUUCAUUCCAUAACAUUGGCAAUAAAUUGUCUCUUCAACUUUAGGAUGAGAAUGCAAGAUAUUCUGUACCUCCAAUUGAUGUGUUAUGGAUCAAAGGAAGAUUAGGUGGCGACUAUUUCUACUCCUUUGGGGGAUGCCAUAGGUUUGAAGCUUACAAAAGACUUAAUAAGAACACAAUUCCCUGCAAGCUAGUUAAAUCAACAGUUGAAGGCCUUAAGGUUUAUUUAGGAUCUUCUUUGCCAGACCUGAAAUAAGAAUCAGUCUGUAGUGUGUUUUUGUGAACAUGUGUGACUCCACAAUUCUCAGUCAUCUACAAUAAUAGGGCUGGCAAAUAGUGAAAUGUGACAUCCUAGUUUGAAUAUUUACCCUUAAAUCUUAAUCACACUUCAGUAGAAAAUAAAAUUAUGUACAUGAAAGGCAUAUAGUCAUAAACUGUAUAGAAAUGGUAUUUUCAAAAUUGUACAUAUUAUUAAGAAUUGUCUUAUAAUUGAAUGACAAUAUUUCAUUAUUCUCAGUUAUCGCUCUAUUCUUUAAUUUUCUCUAAAACACUCCAUACUCUUACUCCUGACCAGACAUGAUACACAGGUCCAGUUGGUUUGGUUGAGCACAGACUCUUUUUCUCCUUCCUUUAAUCCCUUCGACUCCCAGAGGUGAUUAUCAUAUAACUACUCCUUAUAAUAUCAAUACAUUAUACAGCAAACAGGUAGUGAGAAUACGCAAACUCAUCAGGUACAAUUUGUAACCUUGAUUGAACACCAAGUUCUCGUAAUCAAUUUACUAGGAAAUGUGUUGAAGCUAGAGGGGAGGAUUGACAAUCAGAUCUUGGGAGUUAAAGGGCCAGUCCCUUUAAAUAACCCGUCCCACCACCUCUGAAUUCAUUGUAAUGCAAGGGAUAUUAAUUUGAGAAAUUAAAUGGAUUGGGUAUGCUUACAGGUAUUUGUUUUCACAAUCAUUGAGUGUGUCUAUAGGGAAAGGGACUGAUUAAUUACAGUGUUCGCACAUGUAGAACUUGUGUAUGUUUUUCUGUCCACUCUCUCAUGACUCCACCACUCAAGAAUAUUCUGAUGUCUUGUGUACACUGGCCAGUUUCUCUUAUAUUUCUUUGCUCUUUGGCUGGAAUUUGCUCCUGUGACAAAUACAAGCCACAGGUUGGGUUCAACUAUAUGUUGCUACAU